AUGGAGCUGGACUCCAUCAAGACACGGUUUACGGAGUUACAGGGCUACUAUGAGGAUGAGAGCAAGAGUGAUGAUGAUAUCAUUUACGCUGUAUACAAUUGGGUAAAGAGUGCCCAUAUUGUCGCGCAGUUGUUAUUAUUGGAGGGCCGUUUCCCUGAACUCCGCCGUUGUCUCGAUUUGUGCCGUCAAGUCCUGCAGGAACAACACCCCCCGGCGAAUGACCGCCAAGUGUUAAAAAACGCCACCGGUGAAGAUCGUCUCUUGAUGGAUUCUCUUCUCGUCCGCACUUCACAAUUGGAACGACAAUAUGAAGAGGCCCGGGCCCACAGUAAAGGACGAGACACGGAAUAUUAUUUAAAUAAACUUCUACACACUGAUGAAGAGACGGGACGGGAUGGAAAAGAGAAUGGACAAGAGAACGUUACUCCACCAGAACGUGGUAUCUCCUUUGGACGACGUACACGACUGAAUAGAUGGAAAGUUCCACCCAUAUUACCCGCACUUGUAACUCAAACACAAUUAUUUAUUCGACCCACUACCGAUGGAUUUGUAGAUUCAAUGGGUGACUCACAUGCAAAAUCAUUGCGAUCAUCCUACUCUUUAGCUGGUUUCAGAGCAGAAACCCAUCCCACCUACUCACAUGAUAUUACACUAGGUAACAAUGUUGAUACUUCUACGAUUGCUAUAUUAUCUUCUUCUUAUGUUCCUACUCCUACUGUUAGUUCUCCUCCUCAUCCUUCCGCUGUUUCUGCUAUUGAUGAUAAUGAUAAUGAUGAUGAUGCUGCUGCUGCUAAGGAGGAAGAAGAGGAAGAGGGAGAGAAAAAUGAUGAACCGAUUGAUGUGUUCACACCCCUCUCCUCUAUUUCUUCAUCUAUGAUAGAAUCACAACAACUUGCGGCACUGCAUAAUGGGAAGCUGAAAACAGGUGAGGAACAUUUACCGUCAGUCCCAGUGAAGACUUCUACUCAUCGUAAAGUUCAUUCAAAGUAUGGUCGUCUCGUUCGACCACUUUCAGCACGUGUAGAUAGUACCGCUUUACCAUCUGGUUCUCUUCAUCAUCGUCUCUUAAUGGAUGCGGAUGCCCAUGUUAUUAGAUCUGCUAUUGCUAUUAAAACAGCAAAUGAAAUACGAUAUCAAUCGAUGGCUUUUAUGCAAUCACUUAAAAAUAGGGCUUCCUCUCUUGUACAACGAACACGUUCUCAGAGGAGUACCUCACUUAGUACUGAAACUUGGAGAGAGGAGAUUGAAAAGGAAAAGAAUAGUGGAAUAGAGAGUGAAAGUCCUGUUCUUCCUCCACUUUCCUACUGUUCUUCCGUUAGUCUUAAUACAAUGGGACAAAGUGUACCUUCUUCAAAACCUUUUCAUCAAACCGUUUCAUCUCCAUUGCAUGGAAAAGAAGAAACAAUUCCACCAACAUCCAUUACUGGAAUCAUAAUAGAAGAGUCAGAGAUAAAAAAUAUGAAUUCUAUGACUGCAGGAAAGCAUGAUACUUCACUAGAGCCAAAAGAAGGAAUAAAAGAAGGAAUCUCUGAUACUGUCCCUUCUAAUAUGUAUAAGUUGGAUGAAAUAGCUAUGAUUCCAUCUCUUUCACCACAAGCAAAAGAAGAAUUGGAAGAGGCUCUUUCCCAAUAUCAACAAGAGAAAGAAAAAUUAGAUGCUUCUAGUAAAGCUAUGCAUUUGAGAGCAAAGGUUCAAAGUGAAAUAUUUAAACUGCAAGAGGUGAAUGUAAAGGUAGAGGAUACAGCUGUUUGGAAACGACGACGAAAACUUCAUACCGCUUUAAAUGAUCGUGCCACAACAUCAGCCGCUUCCGCAUCUGAAUUUCGUUUUAAUUCCCCUAUUUCAGCAUUAGAUUCAGAUACGAUUUCUAAUCAUGCUUGGGCAGCGGUGGCUACGCCAGGAACCGCAUCUACAGUCUCUGCAAAAGGAGGAGUAGAGACACUUCUGUCGGAUGAUCAAUAUGCACCUACAGCUGAACGUAUUGCGAAAUUGGCUGCUGUAAGACCCACAGAAUGGGAUUCACAAGAAGAAGAAGAAGAAGUAUUGAUAACUUCCCAUCCCUCUGGUACUCAUCAUCCUAUAGAUGAAAAAGAAAGUACUCAGAGAUGUUUUCAUAAUAAUAACAAUAAUAAUAAUAAUAACAAAUCUUUGGGACAUACAACAACAGAUAUGUUAACGGUUAGAUCUACAUCAGGAACUACAAGUUCGUUAAUGAAAGGUACGGAUGCUUCCUUUGAUGCAGUAGAACAAAGACUUAAAGUAUUGGAAGCAUCUACUCAUAUUGCUUUCCCUGAUGUACAUCACAUGGUAUGGAAACGAGCAAAAGUAAGAGUAGAACAACAACGACGACUUACAAAUCAUGAAGGAAUUCUUUCUAUGACAUCUGAAAAAGCAUUCCCUUCUUUCUUUUUUAAUAAUCAGCAUAAUGAAGAAGUUUCACCUCCUGGAAAAACAGAUGUUGCUCCUAUUAAAAAGGUUUGGGCCUCAUUACAACGUUUGAGACGAGAGAGUACUUAUAAAAUGCCAUUAUCCGUUGAAGAUACAAAUUUUAUGAAGGAAGAAGAAGAAGAGGUUAAAAAUACAUCUGAUGGAAUAAUAUUACCACCGCAAUUAUUUCAUUCAGUGGAAGAAUUGCGUUAUCAUGUUCACUUGGAUGAAGCGGAUGCUGUAACACUUUCUAUGUGUUUGCCUCUUCACUUGGCAACUGUACGAAUACAACGUAUGUGUAAAUUAUUUAUUGCUAAACGUGAAAAAAUGCGACGUUCUGCCGCUAUACAAGAACACUUGAGAUUAUUAGAAAUUAAAGAGGAAAGUGCUGUUGUGAUUCAACGGUACGUACGCCGACUGCUUGCACGGAGACAAAAGUUAACCAUUGCAUUACGAGUUAGUUAUAUGAAUGAUCAACGUGUAGCUCAUGAGAUGAUUUCGGAUGAAACGCUUACAAAUGAUCCUGUGAAUUCUAGAAGAUUAACUGGUGGACAUCUACGUUGGCGCUCUUCUGAUAGUGCCGUAACACUACAUAGUCCAAUCCAAAGUUUUCGUCGUUCCCCAGAUUUGCAGCAGCCACUUUCUUCAACUAGUCAAGGUCAACAAAAUGUAUUCAGUCCUUUACUCCCAUUAUUCUCACGGCAAUUGUAUUGUUUACCUCAAAAAGGAAAUAGAGCCCCAUCUACACGUUUUGUACGAUUACGUCGUAUUCAGGAAAAUAUUGCAUGUCGUGUUAUUGUUCGUGCUUUCCGUGCCUAUCGUCAGAGAUUAAUCUUAAAAUGGGAACGAGAAGCACGAGCCUGUGUGGCUUUUGUUACCCAAAAAAUGAGUUCGGAUGAGGCAUUUGGUUCUAUAAUGGAAGAUGAAGUUUCAUUCCCUGCUGCCUUUCUUGAUAGGACAGCCGCGAUUGGUGAACGAUUAAUCAUAGACUCCGUUUUUAAUGAUUUUGGCGCAUCCAGUGUCUUUCCACUACCGCGAGAUCGAAUCAUGGGAGAUGUGGUGGCGGCGUGGGAGGCCCGCACGGCGAAGACUCGACGCGCCGGUGAUUUCAUGACGCCACUGGAGCCCGUGCGGCUUUCGGAGUUGCGGCGGACGUUGGCAGAACGGGAGGAGGCCGCGGCAUCCCUGCGGCGUAGACAACAGGAAUUGCAAUUGGAGGAGGAAGAGGAAUGGCGGCGGCAGCUGCGGGUGCGAAUGGAUGCGGUGUUAUUACUACAACGAUGUGCACGUGGAUAUGUCGUGCGUUCCCGUCUCUUCGCACAUCUACAGAGUGUACAGGAAGUACUGGAGACCCAACAUCGCCGAACAGAGUUGUUGGGAGAUGUUACCUACGGGAUGACAACACCACGUGGUGGAAACAAUACCAGCGGUAGAAAUUUACUUCAUAUAGCCUCCGCAAAGGGAAAACCUAUUAUUUCAGAGGAUCAUCCUAUUCCUCCGCAUGUGGCAGAUGUAAUUGAACAGGGUAUUAAACUUCGUCAUUCCAUGUGGUUUGGAGAAGAUGAAGAAUCACAACGUGCAAGUUUACGAGCGAUUGUGAUGAUACAAUCGUUUUUGCGAUGGCACAUUAGUUUGAGUAUUUUGGCUGAUCAUCAGAAUAGUGUUUACAUUAUUUUGAUUCAACGUAGAUGGCGUUUGGUGCUUAAACGACGAGAGAUGCUGCGAGAAAAGAAGCAGAAGUACAUUGUAGAGACAUUGCGGAAAGUCGGUUAUUAG